AUGUCGUCGAAGGAUUGCGCCCAGACGUCAACAUCGCAGCCAUUGACGGCCAGCCUUGCGGCAGAUCAGGGCCAUCCGGCGGCCUCCCUCGCCGGCGCCUGUCCCAUAGGCGCCCUUGAAUGGGUCGGGGAGGAGGUGGCAUGCCCCCAUGGCCGCAGGGAGGGGCCCAGCACAGGGCAGAUGAAUAGCCUGGGAUCGCCGUCGGUUGUGGACGGGCGUGGCGGUGCGGGAACCAGCCGGGGUGGGCCGGGGCAAGGAGGCCAUCAGAGCCACAGGGGCGCUGUAGGAGCGGAUGAGGGGCCAGCGGCGACGCAGUCGAGCACGUUCCAAGACUUUGAGGCGGCGUCGCAGCACGGAUCGCUGUCAGCGCAAUUUGGCUGUCGCUCGCAGCGGGGUGAUCAUCGACGGGGUGGAAGAGCGGCUGGGUGCACACAAGCACCCGCCCAGGCGGGAGCACACGGAGGAGCACAGGCUGGACAUCCGCCUCGAGGCGAGGGUGGGGGAUGGAGCUGCAUUGCUGGGCGCAAUGGACCGCCCAGCGAGCCGCAAGCCAGGAGGCCUGUUUUCAGCAGGCCCUCUGGGAGGAAUUUCGAUCACGAAGCGCCCACCCUGUGGCCGCAGUCCCCGUCCAGGCAUGCCGACAGGGCACAGGAAGGGAUGACGCGGCCCGCAUACUUCCCCGCACAGCACGCACCCUGGCAGCACAGACCAUUGCCCCACCCUGGGUACGAGGACUGGGAGGCGCCUGGCGGCCACCCCCCUUGCCUUCCUUGGUUUUUGGACGCGUGUGGGCAACACUCUGGAGGUCCCUCGCCCUUCACAGAUCAGGCGGAAGCGACGGGCUAUUCAGGCCUGCCCUAUGGGAGCUGGCGCCAGAAUUUCGAUGAGCCUUGGCGCUGCCCGGCAGGUGGCAGUGGUGGAGUGGCGUUUGGCGGCUGCGGCUAUCGGUGGGAGGGACAGCCAGGUGCUGGGAUGGCCAACUACCCAUCCAGGAGGGAAGCAUGGAAUCAGGGUGGGUACACCACGGACAUGGGCUGUGAGAACAUGUUUCCCAGACACUUUCCACAGCAGGGCCAGUGGCGGCCAUGCAUGGCAGGCAGUGCAAUGCCCACACCGCCUCCUCCACACCUGCAAGCUAUGAGUGGAAUGCCUGCUCACAUGCACCAGGCUCUGCUCCCGCCGCCCCCGCCACCCCCGCCACCCCCACCACGGCGACCAUCACACCAAAGGUCGCACAGUGCAUUCACCCCUCGUCGUUCCCAUCGCAGUGGUCGACAUGGUCAAGAUGGCAGGCAGCCAGACUCAGGCACCAGCGAGGCAUUCAGGCAUUUUGGCAUACCUGGGAGCGGCUAUGGGGAGAUGGCUGCCUAUGGCUUUCAAUACGACUUGGAACUCGAUCGGAGGAGACGACGGCCAGGGGGUACGAAUGAAUCGCGCUGGCACUGCCUGGCGAUGGCUCUGCAGCAUGCUGUGGUGGGACCUGCGGCUGCCAGGCCAUUCCAGAUGGUGAUGCAGAAUUUCAUGGACUGCGGCCCCAGGGACGGCCUGACCUCCGACCAGUUCGCCCAUAUAGACGAGAUAACCGUGGGCAAGCAGCUGUCGAUCGAGGAUCUGACGUCCCUCAUGGACACCGACUCGCCCCAGUGCUGCAUCUGCAUAGAGGGCUUCAAGGCUGGGGACAGGGUUCGCAUGCUGCCCUGCAACCAUCAGCACAUGUUCCACACCAUCUGCAUCUGGGGCUGGGUCAAGGAGCACCACGAGUGCCCCAUCUGCCGCGGCGACCUCAAGCUCUUGUUGGGGAUGAUGGGCGCCGAUUCAAGGCGGCACCCAGAGGGCCCUGAACCCCCGCACGGGCCCCAGGAUCCGGCUGCCCGCCGCCACGCCCAAGAUGACCGUUUUCCCGAACGCAGGGACGGCUCCAGACCGCCAGAGUGGUACCUCGAGUGGCUGUACGGCCAGUCGUCGGCCGGGCGGGGCAGGCAGUCGGCGCCUGACCCCCCUCCGCCCACCGGGACCCGUGGGCGGGGCUUGUGGUCCCCAAGGGACGGGGACCCGGGCCGGGGCCCAGAGGACCAGGCGGGGCCGUCGCGCAAGGAACAGCGGGGGGCGGGCGGCGGCAGGUGCGCCGCGCAUGCCCACGGCCGAUCGCGCCGGUCGACGGCAUUUCGCGAUCCUGCGCCGCCGUUCGAGGGGCUCCCGCCACAAGGGGAGGAUGGCAAGGUGGGCGGCAGCGGCGCACACGUUGGGGGCCAUGAGCAUCGACCCAGGAGCCUCCGACCGCGGGAACCGAAUCAGAUCCCUCAAUCGCAGCGGCCGGGGGUCGCGUCUGCGCCCAGGACGCCGAUCGGGCAAGGAUCGACUCCGCCGCCGGCCGGCGGCGAUCGGGAGGGGGAUGGCGAGUCGGAGGAUGCGGACUGCAGCAGCCGGCUGUCGGUGAGGGACCCCGUGGUGUCCGGCCCGCCCAGGGGGUCCCACAACAAGGCGGUGGGGUCGCCUGUGGCCCGCCCCGGGGCGCGCGCCAAGGUGCGCGCCAGGCACCGGUCCGCGGAUGCCGGCAGCUGCUUCACGGGCGCGGGCGAGGGCACGGCGCCGUGGUGGGCGCUGAUGGAGGACGGGCCCGGGGCGCCGGACCCUGGGGACCGCGAAGGGGGCCCCAAGGGCGGUCCCGGGGGGGCGGAAUCGGAGCGGGAAGGCGAGGAGGGGGCCGUUGGGGGCUGGGGAGGGCCGCCCGAUCGGGAGCAUCAGCGAUGA